AUGGAGAAAAAGUUUCAUUCAGAGAAUGAAUCAGAUAGGAUCUCUGAAUUGCCAGAAUUCAUUAAAACACAUAUAUUGUCAUAUUUGGAUACUAAAGAUGUAGUUAGAACUAGCACUUUGUCGAGGUGUUGGCGGGCAUUGCCUACUUGGCUUCUCGAUUUGGAUUUGAGUAGUUAUAAUCUUAGUACGGCACUCACGAAUGAGUGGGAAGGUUUCUAUGCUUUUCUUGAUCGAGUUUUUGAGUCGAGUUUUGAGGUUGAUAAGGUUAAGCUCUAUGUGCCGGGUUUUGGGUUUGAUUUGAAGUCUCGCUUGGAUCAUUGGCUUGAUGGUGCUGUUAGACGUCGUGUUAAAGAAUUAGAAUUAGAGAUUGGUGUGCGGGAAUGUCCUAGAUAUAGUUUCCCUGAAAGUAGUCUUGUUGUCCAUUCAAUCACGAAAUUGAAGUUGCAUAAAUGUGAGAUGAAAUUUUUAUUUUUGAUGGAUAAUUUGUUGCCUUCUUUACAAGAGCUCUGUCUCGAAGAUGUUUGUUUAAAUAGUAUGGCGUUGGAGAGUUUACUUGGUAAUUGCAUUAAACUUAAGAAUGUCACUUUAAUGAAUUGUGAUGGGUUUAGAAGAGUAGAAACCUCAGGUCUUACUAAACUUGAGAAGGUGACUUUUGGGCAUAGUGUUCAUGUGGAAUCGAUUAAGGUUGAUGCACCUAAUCUUCUUGAGUUUAGGUACAUAUAUGAUGGCGACUCCGUUGGUAAUACAUGUGAGAUAGAGAUUGUGGAUUGUAAGAUUAUGAAACACUUGGAGUUAACUGGUUGUCAUCUGAGCGACAAUGACUUGGAUUUGUUACUAGAGAAUUUUCCACUCCUUGAAGAAUUGGAGUUGGUGAUAAUUAGAAGUUCUACUCCUAAUCUAAAGUUCUACACCUAUAUGGGAGAAGAUCCCAUACCCUUUGUGUACAAGGGUCCAGCUCUAAAAUUGACAAACGAUUGCCUUCGCCUACAUUCAGACCUUAGAAAUGAAUAUUGGUUUGUUGGACUCAUCAAAUUACUUGCAAAACUAAGUUAUAGUGAAACGUUGACAAUUGAUGUUGCUUCUGAGGAGUUUCUAUACGAUGAGAGGCCAUUAAAAGGCAAGAAGAAUGGUGGUCGCUGGAAAUCCUCCAACUGUUGGCAGCACACUCUCAAGAAAGUAUGGAUUGAAAAUCAGGGAAGGGCCAAUGAUGAUACGGAGCUGGUAAACUUUUUUGAGAUGGAGAGGAUUGGUGGGAAGGUAGAGUGUAUAAUCAAGAAUCUCAAGCCCUGA